CGCAUGGCGGGCUUUGGACGUCAACAAACAGAAUUUAUAACCUCAAUUGUCAAAAGUUAUUUUUCGUUUAAAUUAAUAAAAAAAUUAAGAGUGUCAAAUAAUUAAAUUAAAAAUGAAUAGUCAACGUUUUAAAUCGUUAGACCCAGUGUUAUGUGAAGUUUAUUCGAAUCGCAUGUUAAAAAAAGACAAGGAAGCUUCAAGAAAAAUUUCACCGGCUUUUUCCAAACAGUCCAGUCUGGGAAAUUCGAGUCCAAAUUCCACGAAUACUUUAUCAAUGAAAAAGAGCAUCAAACAACACAGUAAUUCGCCCACGUUGCGACACACACCACAAUAUGAAGAGUCAGUCGAAAUUAAAUUGAAGAGCACAAAACCCAGAAAGUCGGAAACUUGGUCCAGCUGUCUUAAAAGUAACAAAACUAGGGAUCCCUAUGGCUUUAAUAAUUUUGAUCCUCUAAGAUUGGUACAUUUUCUAACCAAGGAGCUAAAGAGUCACCUGCAAAAUCGGUGUCCAGAUGACUCAUGCACACAAGAUAUGUUGGGGAAGUUGGAAAACGCGUUAAAUAGAGUUCCUCCAGAGGUUGCCUCAGCAAUUCAUUUACAACAAGCUUUGGAGUUGCUGCCAAAACCGAAAAAUCAUGGAGAUUUUGACGAAAGACCUGAAAAAUUAGUAGACCAUAAAGUAACAGAAACCAAAUCCAAAUCUAUUCAAACCAUUGAUAACAUCAAAGAAGAGAAUGAAAUGUUGCAAAAAUUAAUGUCGGAAAAUACAGAAAAACUGGAGGCCAAGGUAAAAAUGUUGGAAGAAAUUACAGGGAAACUAAAGUUGGAGAAUGAACAAAGGAAAAAUAAAUUGGCCAUUGAGAAAGAUAAUGUGCAAUAUUAUAAGGGACGCUUGGAGGAGCUGCAAAAAACUCAUACUGAAACAGUUAAUGUAAGAAUCUACAAAAUGGAAGAAGAAAAAUCCCUUUUAGAAGCUCAAAUAGCUGAACUGAAAAUACAAUUAACAGCUUUAAAUAAACCUAAGGAAGAUCUUAAAUUUACGGUGAAGGAAAUGAAAAAAUGCAAAAUCGAUUCAGACAACGAAAUACUCAAGUUAAAACACCAACUGAAAUUAAGCGAAAUCGAAAAAGAAAAAUACAUGGCCGUUUUGGCUGUUCGCGAUAGACAAAUAAACGAGAUUAGAAACGAAAUGUCCCAACUCCAAGAAGUGGUUAAUGACCAAUUAAUGGAAUUGCAUAACAGCGCAUUUUCCAAUGAACCAUCAAAUGACAGUGAGGAUAGCGAUUUCGCGGAAAGCAAAGAAGGUGAUGGUACUUUAUCUUCUUUUGCAACAAAUGAUUUAAAAGAUUCAGAAAAUGUAUUUAAAGACUUGGAAAUUGCUGAGAUUUCAACUUUAUGCCAAAAUUUAUCUGAUCCCUCAAUGUUAUUACAGAAAAGUUUACCAAAAAAAUCAAAAGAUGAUAUUUUUGAUAAGAAAACCCACUCGCAAUCCAGCAUAAAGAACGUUUUAAAUGAAUUAAAAAGACAGGCUCUCGCCGUGAAAAAGAGCUAACAUGUAUAAGCAUAAAGAGUAAAAAGUUAAAUAUUUCUUUGUAAAAAUGUAAGUACACUCGAAAUUAAUAGCUGCACUGUAAAAUAUCCUGCAGCAAUAUUUAAUGGCUAUUAUUUAUUUAUUUUUUGUAUUUUGUUAACAAGGGAAAUAAUUCUUAUGACUGAAGUAUAUUAAGUUUGUGUGAAAUUUUAGCUUCCAAAUAAAUUAUAUAUGUAUAUAUUUUUAUUUUAAAUGUUGUGUUUUAUUGACUUACCAAAU